GGGGGCGCCCUGCGGUGCCCUCAGGCGCGGCGCGCGGUUCUGCGGCCUCCGCAGAGCUUCCGGAGCAGCCCGCUCUGUGCGGCCGCCGCCUGAGGGAGCUCGGGGUUGUGCGGGCGUCCCCGCGGUGAGGCCGCAGCCGGGGAGUGAUUUAGUGAGCUGGAGGCGCGGCCUGCCCCUCAGAGCGGCGUGGGGAGGUGAUGCAGGUAGGGAAGGUCCCGCUUCAGGCCGAAGUUACAGAGCAGCACGUCGUUGCAUUACAGUACAAGAGAGUAGCAGAAGAGGUGUCUGUUCAGCUCCAAUACCAGCCCUGAGCCUUCAGUGCCUUGGCAGGCAGUCUGCAUGCUGGGGACAGAGUUCCAGUACUGUUUGAUGCUCUUUGGAACAAUGCCACUGGAAAAGCAGAUCCAUUACAACCUGUGGUGUGCAAUGUCUGGCUUUGGAGCUGGGGUAUACAGCGCAGACGAUGUGUCAGUGAUAGGAGAAGUCUUCCUGCAUGUGGCAGCAGGACUCCAUGGAUGCUAAACAGCGCUCCUCAGCUACAUCUUCCUUGCUACCUUCCACAGCAGUGGCAGGGUUGAGCUGCUGUGCGGCUUUAUCCUCAAGCAAUACAACAGCAACACCCAGGUGUCAGCAUCUCCACAAUGUCAGAUGCCACUGCCCUAACAAAGGCACUGCCACCGUGAGUGACAGUUGAUUUCAUCUCAAUGGAGCCCAUGUUCCUGCAUCCAAACACUCAUGUUGGAGUUCAUGUACUUCUUUGAUCCUCGCUACUUCUCACCUUUGUCCACAGCAUGCUUCAGGCUCUGGAACCUUUCAGGGUUUUUUCUUUUCUUUUUUUUGGGGGGGAACUUCUGAUCUUACCACGAAGGAGCACAAGUUUCAAGCUUGUUCUCAUAUAAUCCACAACAACCCAGAAUGACUAAAUGCAUCAGUCACUGUCCUGGGAAGAAGUCAGUCUAGGCCCUCAAGACUUUCAGGCUCCUAUGACCUGGUUAUGCACACAGUUUGCCAAGGACCUGCAGCAUUCCAGCCCAGCCCAGCCCCAUGCGACCCUUAUUCACUUGCUGAAGUCCGACAGUGGAGCUCCAGGCAGCAGUUGUGCCUGGCUGACACAGUGACAUUACCACUUCUCACAGCCUGAGAAGUGAGACAGUACUUGCUGUCUCAUGCAAGCAAGCCAUAGAAGCUGAAACACUUAAGGAAAAAAACAAAGAAACCAGAAAGAGCCAAUAAAGCAACCCAAUACAGUGGGCACAGCUAGGGAAGGCAGGAAACAAGGAGUCCAGCUCACAGCCAUUCUGUUCCGAGCUACAACUGGAAGUACCAUCCAGUAAAUAUUUUAGGAGUCUUCUCACAAGGUCCUAUAAUCAACACAAAACUCUGCCAAAGAACAACAGACUGCCUUGCGGAACACAGCGUACAGCUCAUGGAAAGGUGAAUCCUGCCCAAAAAAGGAAUGCGCUCAGUUACGUAAUGCAAAGGGAGAAGCUCCAUUUUGACUCCACCCAGAAAGCAGCUCACCUGGAGCGAGGAGCAGCCGGACCCUGUCAUUUUAGCCCACACACCGCUGAGGUGCAUUCUGCUCCCAUUACGCACCAAGAAACAUUUCAGUUGUCGUAGGGCUCAGUGACUUCUUGGUGACAUCUGAAUUCCAGGGUGGAGUGGGAGGCUCUGCUGGGACUUUGCAUCGCAAUCAAUUACCACAGUAUCAGAAAUUCCUUCGUGCAAAUUAGAUUGGCGGUGAAGCUGAAAGGGAGAGGCUCACGUCUUACUGCUCAAAGCUGGGAGCGCCCACUGGGCACGGAGCUCACAGCGUGGACGAAGAGGCCACAGCGCGUGCCUGGAGGUGGUCAGCCAACCUCCUCCUCACCCCCCCGCCCGGGGAAGACGCAGAGCUUUUAGCACUGUGGCAAGCUAAGAACACAUAGUUGGCACAGAAACUUGUGAAACUGGUUAAUGUAUUUGGGCCGCACUAACUUCAUUUAUUGAUGGUCCUGUGGAGAUAGCAGAUCCCUCCUCCUGCGAGCAACAACAAAUCACAGUCCGAGCGCCGGCUGUUCAGGCCCACUAAUACCUCCGUGUUUAUCAGCUUUCUCCUGCCCAGGACAGGGAGGACACGGUAACCCCAGCGGUGUGCCGCAGCCCGGCACCGCCCGGCUCUGCCCGCCGUGACACCGAGACCGCUGCCUCCCGCCAGGCGGGGAGGAAGAGGAGAGCAGGGCCGGGGCUGCCCCGUUCCUCACGGCGGGCUCGCGGCAGGGGGACGGCGAGAGCCCCCCCGCGCCUGGGCCCCAGCGAGGCCCCUUCCCCCGGGGAAGCCGCUCUGCCCCUCAGCCACGGCGCUGCCAGAGCCCGCGGCUCCAGUUUCAGAGUGGGAAGCGGCCCGCGGCGGAGCCGACACAAAGGGGCCCCUGUCCCCGCCGCGGAGCGGAGGCGUCGGCUGCGGAGAGAGGCGGACGGGGAGCGGGGCAGCUCGCCGAGCCUCCAGCGGUGCGAGCCGCCGGGCACCCGAUGAAGGUCAGGUCGGCGGCCAGGCUGCACGGGACUCUGCCGGGAGCCUCCCCCAGCCGCACAGCAGUCCUCCGAGCCCCGCCGCGCCCGCAGGCAGCGCCCGCCCGGAUAGCGCUUCACGCAGCCACCUCUACUCCACAAGAAAACUUUUCCCUCGCAGCCGCCGCCGAGCCGCCAGGACCCCCGGCACUCCGCAGAGAGCCGGCCCAAAGCCGUCCCAGCGGAGAGCACCUCGCUUACCUCACCGGCAGCAGGACACAGCCCGGCGGUCAGCGCGCACCUGGGCCGAGCGGGACGGGCCCUCCCCUAUUUCAGCCGCGGGACGCGGGGGCUCCCGCUCCGCCCCCAGCAGUACCGGCAGGGCGGGCCCGGCGCUGGGGGCAGCCCGCUGGCGGCGGGGCAGCGCCGAAGACUCCCUCCGCUCCGCCCUCUCCUGAUCCAAUUAACGGGCCGUGCUCGGGCAGAUGCCGCCGUGAUGUCGAGGCCCUGUGCACACCCGUGACAGCACUGCUGGCGGCAACCAAGACGAGGAGGAUAUUUUUCUGCACCAGUUUCCUUUCCUGCAACCCAGGCCUUUGUGGUGCCCGAGGAAAGCAGUGGUCAGACAGAAUGGCUCCAGUGAACCAGCCCAAGGACAAGAAGCAUGAAAAGGCGCAUGAGCAUCGGUCAGAAGAGGCAAAAUCAGCUGGGAAAAGGAAACUGGACUAUGAAGGACUAGAGAAUGAGCCACUAGCAAAGAAAUUGUUUUUGAGGAAAACAUCCAAAGCCCAAGAGAAAAUUGGUUGGAAUAGAGGUGGGACUGUGAUGAGAAAUACCAGAGCCCUUUUCCAUCAGCCAAAGUGGCAGUGCAGCAUUGUUCAUUAUGUCUACCAGAACAUGUUGGGAGGCUCCAUCCGGGCACAGCUCAGGCAGUGUCUGCAGCUGCCCUUUCUGCGUUCUCUGACCUCAUACCGCCUUUUUCGAACAGCAAGUCCCUUUGACAGGAGGGUGACUUGCCUGGAGUGGCAUCCAACACACCCCAGUACUGUAGCUGUUGGUUCCAAAGGUGGAGACAUCAUUCUUUGGGACUAUGAAGUACUUACUAAAACUUGCUUCAUAAAAGGGAAAGGGCCAGGAGAUUCUCUUGGAGACAUCAAGUUCAGUCCUUAUGAGGCAGUGAAGCUUUAUGUGGCAUCAGGGGAUGGCACCCUAAGUCUGCAGGACCUUGAGGGCAGAGCGGUGCAGGUGAUCUCCCGUGCCCCGGACUGUGGCCAUGAGAACCAUAAUGUUUGCUGCUGGUACUGCAGUGUUGAUGUAUCUGCAAGCUGCCGUGCUGUGGUGACAGGUGAUAAUUUGGGCAACGUGGUCCUGCUCAGCACUUCUGGUGAAGAGAUUUGGAAGCUGAAAUUGCACAAGAAGAAAGUGACUCACGUGGAGUUCAACUCUCGAUGUGAGUGGUUAUUGGCCACAGCAUCCGUGGAUCAGACAGUUAAAAUCUGGGACCUCAGAAACAUUAAAGACAAAGCAAAUUUUCUUCAUGUACUUCCUCAUGACAAACCUGUCAAUGCAGCUUAUUUCAGCCCAACAGAUGGUGCCAAGCUGCUGAGCACAGACCAGCACAAUGAAAUCAGGGUUUACUCAUGUUCAGACUGGACCAAGCCUCAGCAUCUGAUCCCACACCCACAUCGGCAGUUCCAGCACCUCACACCUAUUAAGGCAACAUGGCAUCCUCGCUACGAUCUCAUUGUAGUGGGUCGCUAUCCAGACCCUAAGUUCCCAGGUUACACAGUGAAUGAGCUGCGAACUGUUGAUAUAUUUGAUGGAAACACCGGGGAGAUGGUUUGUCAGCUCUAUGAUCCGAACGCAUCUGGUAUAAUCUCGCUGAAUAAAUUUAACCCUAUGGGAGACACACUAGCCUCUGGCAUGGGCUUUAAUAUUCUGAUCUGGAGCCGGGAGGAGAUGGUGAUGAAGAAGCAAGAACAUCUUCUGAAAGCCAUGACAGAGCAGGGGAUUGGGAGUCGGAGUUUGUCCAGAUGUGGAGGGCAGAGGCAGGCAAACCCUGGGACAAGCAAACUCAAAGCUAAGUUAUUGUCUUGGGAAGUGGAAGAGAUGGGAACAAAAACCAAAGAUUCUAAAUCACAGGGAAGGAAGUGAAAAGGGAAGGAUUGAGAUAACUGAUUUAGUAUUGUGAUCUUUUUUUGAUCACAGAAGACAAAUUCAGUGCUGGCAGUGGGCAGAAUAAGCACUGCAGGGCAUUAGCCUUCUACUUUGUCCUUCCUUCCUAGAUCUGAUCUUGCUUCCGUGAUUCUCUUUGCUUCUCCUAGAGAGUUGCCAGUGGAGUUACCACUUAAUUUCUGAGGCACUUCAGAGUUUCUAAGGAAACUUCAGAGAUGUUUUCAGAUCCUGCUGAAGUUACUGCUUCCAGCCUGCUUGUUAUCAUAACUGUGUUAACAGGAUAUCGUCUCCUGUAGUUUGCUGUGGAGCAGCUCAUGAUGAGGUUUCCAGACUGUUCUAGUCAAUUUGAGCUGAGGAAACCUUUGUUAACAAGAUUCAUGUCUUGAAAGGUAGAAUGUUCACAGGGGUGAGGUGAUGGAUAGCUUGAGUGAGUCAAGGAAACACCAACCUUUCCCAUCUGCAAGCUUCUUGCAGUGUGUGCAUCUGUCAAAACCUCAGGCUUAGCCUAUUCUGCACCUGCAGCUUUUUAACUAGACCAUGAAAAACAUGAUGAUACCACACCUCUUUAUCUGCUCUGUGGGAAGCGUAGGCAAUGUAGAGCUAAGAACCUACUGAUUCUUUGUCUUCAGAACUCGAGGCAUUUUUUGCUACCAGUUAGGUAUUUUUUUUUUCACCCAUGCCAGCAUGCCUCGGAAUAUAUUGGGUGUGUUGUUAAGCAGAAAUGAGGGAUUUCUUUCAGAUCCCCCUUUUCAGAGUCAAAUCUCACAACUGCUGUUAAACUGAGAAAUUCUGCUUUUUCUGCUUUGUUUAUAAAGCUGUCUGGGGGCCUUGCUCCAGAGGCUGAUAGAUGGGCCAGGCUCCAGACCUGCUCAGAUUCUGUGUGUUCACUUUAUAGUUUUGCAGCAUUGAUAUAAAUAAAAGUUUUGUACUAAACUGAAA